GAAGUCUACCUUGCGGCCAGUGCUAUGGACGCCGUCUCGUUGGUUUUCCAGGGCGACCGCCCGACUAAAGGCACCGUGCUAGCGUCGGUGCUAGUGUUCGCGCUCGCUGCCGGCACGGUCGUCAUCGCGAUCUUCCUGCUCUUCGCCGUCUUCCGCGACAUGAGCAACGUCCGCACGCGGAGGCACCUACGCGAAAUCGAACCGGUCGUCGCCAAAGAAUUGCCCAAGGCACUCACUGUUCGACGUAGCAAGACUAAGUCUACGCUACCCGACGUCAAUACGCGACAACCCAUCUCUCGUACUUCUAACCUUCGCAAAUACGCAUCGAGAAACUAUAGUCCCGUAAGUGCUGGUGUGACUUCCACUGCCAGUACGUCACUGAAGAAACUAAAUGGAAGGCCGGCACUUAAGUCUUACACUUCUGUCUGGUACUCCGAAGAUCGUACACUCUCGAAGACCCGAUUGAAGCACUCGGUAGCGCGCUAUAAAUUUGUAUCGAGGUAUAGCAGCCGAGAAGAACGUACUACAGGGAGUGAUAAGUUGAACAAGGCUGAUGCUAUUGCUGGCCCUGGCGCCGAAGAGGCACCAUUGCCUCACGAGAUACCCUCGCCUAUGACUUCCGUGAACAAAGUACCACUCUCAGUACGAACGGUCAACCAGGAUCCGCCACACUUCACAAGCUCCAGUAUCCAGGCUAGGACAGUAUCCUCUAAAGAGGUGCAUUCCUAUAGCACACGCAUUCCUGCUCGAGAAGUCUUGCAGACCGCCAUUGGAGUGACAUUCACGACAAUGCGCACAGACAACGUAAGUUCAAGCGCCGAGGUCUCCAACUAUAAACGAAGCAAAGGAGCCGCAACGACUGCUUCUUCGAAGGACGAAGCAAAUCCUAUUGAUACUGGUUCGGUGCCACAUGAAAACCCUAAUUCGAGCGAAACGGCUUCUGGAAAACGCCGGCAGACCCCGGAAGUGACACAAGCGACGACCAGCGAAGCCCACGGCAGUACAGAGCGUGACCCACUAAACAUUGAAGAACCCUUUACGGAGGAAAAUGAUGCGGCGCACAUCCACGGUGCGUUUGGUUUCGGGAUAAGCCGCGCAACUUCGAGUCCACCCGACCGACAGCACCACUCGACACACAGCAGUCACGUGCGCCACGUCAAGGUAUCCACAUUGCCGACAACGGGAGAAGUCGAAGACAGGAUGAACGGAUCGCAUUUGAGUGGCAUCGCCGAUACUGGCGCCUCGCCAACUUCGCACAAUGGCACGUCAGUUCAGCGAAGGGACGACGCCACAACUUCAACGGUCGAAGCAGAGUCGCGUACAGCGAGUGAAGGUAAGGAGGACUCUGCAAACGACCAUGACCACGUAUUCGUUGGUCCGGGAAACUGGAACGACCUUGCAAAAGACGACGAAGAUGCGCACGCUCAUGGCCACAUACCGAUUCCCGAUCCGGAUGCUGCGAAGCUGAUGACUAACACUUUCACGUUGGAUGUAUUCAAUUAGUGAUGUUUGCAUGUUUGUUGCAUUUUGUACCUCUUGUGAACAAUUAGGCUGCGCAUAGAUACCGCUGCCAUUUCCUAUGCGUGAGGCAGCUUGUUUUGUGUGCACCAGUGAUAAACUUUGUGAAAGCAUGUGCAAUGAUAAGCUUAAACAAUACCUCUCUCUCUCUUUUAAUUGCCUUGGGUCGGUGCACGGCAUAGCUUCAAGAUGAAAUAUAAACACGAAAGCUAGUUUCGUGCAGAUACAACAAAAUCUGCGUAUAUAACGUGUUAUCCAUGAUCUACCUUUCGUAGUCUGUAUCUCCUUCCUAUUGUUAUCGCCUGUAAGCAUCAUU